AACUUUGGUGCUUCUCAGCCAGUGCACUUUCACCAUGAGUGGGUGCCCAUUUCUAGGAAACAACUUUGGAUAUACUUUUAAAAAACUAUCUGUAGAAGGCAGUGAAGAAGACAAAUCACAAACGGGUGUGAAUAGAGCCAGCAAAGGAGGACUUAUCUAUGGGAACUACCUGCAUCUGGAAAAGGUUUUGAAUGCACAGGAACUUCAAAGUGAAAUAAAAGGAAAUAAAAUCCAUGAUGAACAUCUUUUUAUCAUAACUCAUCAAGCUUAUGAACUCUGGUUUAAGCAAAUCCUCUGGGAAUUAGAUUCUGUUCGAGAGAUCUUUCAGAAUGGCCAUGUCAGGAAUGAAAGGAAUAUGCUUAAGGUUGUUACUCGGAUGCACCGAGUGGUGGUGAUCCUUAAACUACUGGUCCAGCAGUUUUCCAUUCUGGAAACGAUGACACCCUUGGACUUCAACGACUUCAGAGAGUACUUAUCUCCAGCAUCAGGCUUCCAGAGUCUGCAGUUCCGGCUACUGGAAAACAAGAUCGGUGUUCUUCCGAGUUUGCGAGUCUCUUAUAACAGAAGACAUUACCGCGAUAACUUCAAAGGAGAAGAUAAUGAACUGCUACUCAAGUCUGAGCAGGAAAAGACACUUCUGCAGCUAUUGGAGGCAUGGCUGGAAAGAACACCAGGUCUAGAGCCACAUGGAUUUAACUUCUGGGGAAAGUUUGAAGAAAAUAUUGUCAAAGGGCUGGAAGAAGAAUUCACAAAACUUCAGGCUAAAGAAGAGUCAGAGGAAAAAAAGGAACAAAUGGCUGAAUUUCAAAAACAAAAAGAGGUGUUACUCUCUUUAUUUGAUGAGAAACGUCAUGAACAUCUCCUUAGUAAAGGUGAAAGACGACUGUCAUACAGAGCGCUUCAGGGAGCCUUGAUGAUAUAUUUUUACAGGGAAGAGCCUCGAUUCCAGGUCCCUUUUCAGUUGCUGACUUCUCUUAUGGACAUAGACACUCUCAUGACCAAAUGGAGAUAUAACCAUGUGUGCAUGGUGCACAGAAUGCUGGGCAGCAAAGGUGGCACUGGUGGGUCCUCCGGCUAUCAGUACCUGCGCUCAACAGUGAGUGACAGGUACAAGGUAUUUGUAGAUUUAUUUAAUCUUUCAACAUAUCUGGUUCCUCGACACUGGAUACCGAAGAUGAACCCAAUUAUUCAUAAAUUCCUUUACACGGCUGAUUAUUUUAACAGCUGUUACCUCAGCAGUGAUGAAUCGGAUUAAAAUUAUCUGCAAAAAUCUAUGAAGAACACUGAUUUAUCAGUUUGUUUU